AUGGAGUCUGCUUUUGCCAGUCUGGACCUCGGUCGCUAUAGGCGCAUCGUUCAAAUGUUCUGGGACCCCGAACCCGCCAAUGAUUCCUCGAUCGAUCUACCUGUUUGGUGUCUAGGCUGUUCGUACAACCUUGCCAGCAACGCUCCACUGGAGUCUGGAUGUGACGAUGCAGAGGUCGGUCAACAGCUUGUCCAACUCCCCAUGAUAUUACCACCUGACUUACCAGCACCGAAGGUACCGGCCAAACAAACAAUGUCCGAUUACACCACAAACGCGCUUGAUUUAGCCAGCAUCCAUGAUUCAACACCCGAAUCUUCGCCCAGCUUUCCCACGUCCCCAUCAUACACUGACCCGAUGCCACACCAAGGCGCCUGGCCACAUGGGUUUCUGGAUGAUUUUAGCUCAAGGUUUUGGAUGACAUACAGAGCAGAUUUUGAUCCCAUACAGGCGUCUAGCAAACCUAGCUCGUCCUCGACUCUGCCACUGUCCAUUCGUACCAAAAGCCGGAUGCGUGAUCAGACCAGCUUCUCAUCCGACAAAGGUUGGGGGUGCAUGAUCCGAUCUGGGCAAAGCCUACUUGCCAAUGCCAUAGCCCUGUUGCAACUGGGACGAGCCUGGCGUCGGGGGGAGCGGCUAGACGAUGAGCGCCGUAUUGUCAACAUGUUUUCUGAUGACUCUCGAGCCCCGUACUCGAUCCACAACUUUGUCCGUCAUGGUGCUGCUGCCUGUGCUCUCGUUAAUGCUCAUGAACCUUCACUCAGAGUUUACUCAACUGGCGACGGCCCUGAUGUCUAUGUGGACAAGUUUAUGCAGGUUGCCAAGCCGAAUGGCAGUGUUUUCCACCCGACGAUCAUCCUGGUAGGAACUCGCUUGGGUAUUGACAAAAUAACACCCGUGUACUGGGAGGCCCUCAUUGCAACACUCCAGAUGCCGCAAUCCUUAGGCAUAGCUGGUGGCCGACCGUCCUCGUCAUACUACUUUGUUGGCGCUCAGGGAUUGUUUCUAUUUUACCUCGAUCCCCAUCAUACGAGGCGAGCCUUGCCUUACUACCCUGACCCGAAACAGUACACUACUGAAGAAGUCGAAUCUUGUCAUACUUAUCGGCUGCGCAAUAUCCAUAUCCGAGAGGUUGACCCGAGCAUGCUGAUUGGCUUUCUCAUACGCACCGAGGACGACUGGUUGGACUGGCGUCGUUGCGUAGACCAUGUCCAAGGCAAGGCCAUUAUCCAUGUGACUGACCAUGAUCCAACGACUCAAGUCUCAUCUGGCCCGAGAAGCGCUGCAGUUGAUGAAGUGGAGCCAUUAAGCAGCGAUGAUGACGAUAAUGAUACCGUUCUUUUGGUGUAG